AUGCAUCUGGGUCGAAUACAGCAAGGGAAAGAUGAAUCUUUGCGAAGCUAUGUUCGACGUUUCAAUUUGGAGUCAGGACAAAUUACGGACCUACCUGACUGGGUGACUUUUGAUAAUUUCUUUAGGGGACUUAAGAAGGGGUCCUUUAAGUUCGAUUUGGUGAAGAAAAGUGUGAGAACUAUGGCCGACGCUUUGGAUGAGGCUGAGUCCUUUAUUCAUGCCACUGAAAUCUGCUCCGUCCCCAAAGAGUCUAAGGGAACGGAGACCACAGAUCAUCCUCAACGAAAGGACAAAUCAAACAAAAAGACCAGCCGUCCGAAUGGGACAUGGGCCAUUGAAAAGAAAGGAUAUCAGGCAAACCACUCCCAAGGACAGAAGAGAGGACGACUCUAUGACAAAGAAAGGUUCGAGUAA